GUAAGGAGGCGGCGCGAUUCGGGUCAUAACUCAUAACAGGUUAUACAGGGCGUGCCUAUUCAAAUCUGGCGACAAUUACACUGGCAAGGAAGAACAUGAGCAACGAUAAACAGUUCGAAUUGUGCGUAGUUUGCAAGCUGAAUCAUAAUCAAGGCCGCCGCCAUAAUUUCCUCCCUAACCACAAAAAAUCGCUUGCCGCAACUCUCUCCCGCUUCCAAUCGAAGCUUUCCGAUAUCCGAUUCUUCAUCAAAAACCCUAUCCCUCUCCGCCCUGAGCAUGCCUCGCUCAAUCGCCUUUGGUGCCUCUUCUGCGAGUGUGAUAUUCUUGAACUGGACAGCUUCUUCGCUAGCGACAAUGCAAUUAGGCAUUUGGCUAGUGCGGGUCAUAUGAAGAAAGUGAAAGGGUUUUUAUGGAAGUAUGGUGGUGGAAUGGACAAGGUUGAUAACUUGAGGAUUACUAAGGCUGACUUUGCCAAGUGGGAGAAGAAGUGCAAUCUAUUGAAGAAGGGAGCUCUUGAUGGAGGAUCUCGUGCAACGUUAAUUGGACCCUCGAAUGAUAUCCAAAAUAAAACAAACACCGACUAUCUAAAUUGUUUUGACAAAGAUAAUAUUCAUGCUCUUAACCUUGAUGUUUCAAAUAGUGUUGUACCUUUACAAAAUUAUACUAAUGAGAGAUCUCAGAUAUCUGAAAACGAAAUGCGUAGUGUUACAAAUGGCCCUAAUUUGCCUGGUACGUGCAUGGGCGGAAAGUUCGGUGAAGAUGCUUGUUCCUCCAAUGGCGUGGCAAAUGGCCAAAAUUACUCAAGGUUUCGUGACACAACUUCUCACCAAUGUCUUAAUGGUGGUUCUGUAACCCCGGAUGGGAGAAUGACGAAGGGGAGGAAGAUUUCUCUGGGUCCUCCAAACAUUGCACAGAUAUCUUUAACAUUUCGAGAAAAUUCCCUUGGCAAUGUUCAUUCUGGUGCACCUCCUCCAUGGUUCAAUGAGACUGAGAAAAGUCAUCUAGAUUUUAUAUCAAAUCCCGGAGGGAGUGACCUUCCCCCUCCCAAUAAGAAGUCGAAACUAAACCCAAAUCGGGUUGGUGCUGCUUGGGCAGAGAGAAGAAAAGCUGAGAUGGAGUUGGAGAGUAAAGGGGAGCUUGUGACUUCCAAUUAUGAUGUGAAUUGGCUCCCAAAUUUUGGCAGAGUUUGGCAAUCAGGUACUAGGAAGGAAUCCAGAAAAGAAUUUCAGGUGGAGAAUAACAAAUUUGCUAAGGUUGAAAGCCAGUCCCAGAGUAUGGUGCAGUUACAGCCUUAUAUCAGUAAGCGAAAGCGCAAAGAUACUGUUGUUGAUGAGCUUGACUGACCUAAAAACCUCCGUACAGUGGAAUAAAAUGGUAUAAAGAUGAAAAGAUGUGGAGCAAAAUUGGAUAAAACGCCGUAGAAAAAGAAAGAAAAUUAAAAUAAUAAAAAAAAGGGGACACCCUUUGGGUCUUUGUCCCCCCCAAGUGAGACAACAAAAUACUAAGUGUCAAAGCAAAAGAAACGCAGCUAGGAAUAAAUUGAAAAACGCCACUGUUUUCAGCGCUAGGACCAGCGCUGGCCUGGACGCUGGAGGCGGAAGCUUUUCCUAUUUUAUUUGGGACAAGGUUAUUUCGGCUCUAUACAGUUCCAACUUGUAUAAAGGGGGUCCUAAACCUAAUUUGGAGUAUAUCGAACAUACUUUGAAGGAGAAUUCACGUGGGGCAACACAUACCACGCUUGGA